CUAAUGCUAUCACAAAAGGUUUAAGGGAACUUCCUACAAAAGAUGUUCCUAUUGGUUAUUUAAAAUUAUAUACUUUAUGUUGGGAUAUGGAUCCUGAAAAGAGACCAGGAAGUGAGAAUGUAGUAACUAUGUGUAAAGAAUUAAUAAACAAUGGUGACUCUACCAAAGGUGUACUUGAAAAAAAUGGAAUAAGUAGUGUAACGAAUAGAGGUAUUGAGGAAGGAAACGGAAGUAAAAUGCCAGAACAGAAUUCGAAAAGAAUGACUAGGAUAUCUGAUAUUGAUUGGGCAGAUUUACAAAGGGAUGCUUUAGCAGCUGAAUUAUGGCUACAUAAUCAAGAAAUUGAAGAAAGACGACAAAUGGGAUUAAUCGAAGAAGGUGAUGAAUAUUAUGGUCAAGGAUAUGGAUAUACAUCAAUUGAACAGUCUGCUGGCCAACAAAUUGAAGAAGAAAAACCGCAAAAAGAGAAAGAUAUAUCAUCAGGAUCUCAACAAAUUCGACAAAGUCAGGAUCUAGAAUCUCAACGAAUGAAAGGUCAAAAAUGGAAAGACAAAGCUAAAAAACUUGUAAAGAGACUUUCAGGAGGACGAAAAUCUCGAAUUCAAGAGACUGAUGAUCAUUUAAAUAUAUUUGAAGAUGGAUUAGACGAGGAAGAUGUUGCAGCUGGAUGGACUUCUGUAAAUAUAGCCGAAAUUGGUAAAAUAGAUUACAACACACAAAUUUCUCAAACCUCACCAAUAAUCGAAGGAAAGAAAACUGAUAACAAUAUAGUAGGUCAUGGUUCGUUUCCUUUACGUAGUUCACAUAAACAGAGUGACAAUGUUGAUAAUGUAGAUAUAGGAGAACCUGGCCCAUCAACUUUUAGACGACCAAUACAGCAUAUUCCACUUUCUCCAAAAGCAUUUUUAUAUAGCGAUCAUUGUAAAUCAUUAUUUUUAAAAAACAAAUGGAAAUUACAUUCACAACCAUGUUAUGCUGCUUAUCAUGCAAGAAUUGGUGAUAUGAAAGGCAUAAGAUGGCAUGUUGAACAAUUUGGAGAUUGGGUAUUAAAUGCUGUACAAGAA